AUGAGGCUGGCUGCCGUCUUCGUGUGUCCUUUAGUGCUACUGUUCCACAUUUGCCCAGCGACGACUGCGGGAAACAAGUGCGAGCUAAAGGGGUGCCCCAGGCCGAGGUUUGGUCACAUCAACGUCCACGUCCUCUGCCACAGCCACAACGACGCCGGCUGGCUGCGUUCGGUGGAUAGCAUCUACAAUGACUCGGUGCGUUCCAUCUACGACACAGUGCUGGAGGCGCUCGAGGAGAACAGCAAGCGACGCUACGUUUCUGCCGAGAACGUCUUCUUCUCGCGCUGGUGGAAGGACCAGUCCAAGGCUGCCCGCCGCCAGGUGCACAAGCUUGUGCAGUCAGUGGGCAGUGGCUCAUACCCACAGUGGGGGAUUGACAAUGAGUGUUCCGCAGGACGGCUUCAAUUCGUGGGAGGCGGAUGGGUUCAGAACGACGAGGCGGUGACCCACUACACGGCUAUCAUCGAACAGAUGACGCUGGGCCUGCGGUUCCUGAACGAGACAUUUGGUCCCGACUGCGGCGUGCCCAGCGUAGCCUGGCAGGCCGACCCGUUCGGACACUCAGUCACACAGGCGUCACUCUUCGCAAAGAUGGGAUUCAGCGCCAUGAUGGCGGGCCGCGUGUCCAUGGAUACGCUGGAGCAAUGGAAGGCCUCUCAACACAUGGGUUUCGUGUGGAAAACAAGCGCCUCAACAAAUGGUCACACGAACCCCGGCGAAGGUGGCGAGCUCUUCACGUGGGUCCCCUGGAAAUCGUACUCGACGCCGGCCGAGCUGUGCUUCGACGCGUGCACUUACGAAGAACCCGAGAAAGAGUACGGCGGUAAAACGGUUCCCCUCAUGAUGGGCGACGACCUGACCUGGACCAACGCGGUCGAGCACUAUCGGGACGCGGACACCCUGCUGAGCCGCGCGAACCGUGUGGGGCGCUGGCCGAUGAACCUUAUGCGGUGGUUGUUCCGGGGAAACGAGCUCAAGCCCGUCAACGUCAUGUACUCGACGCCCGCCUGCUUUCUGGAGGCCCUCCACUCCGACAAGUCGCGCUCGUGGCCACGUUUCGAAGACGACCUCCUGCCGUACACGGACCGACCAAAACACACGUGGACUGGCUUCUACACGACUAGACCUGGCCUCAAGAUGAUGACGCGUUACGCCAACGGAUUCCUCCAGGAGGUUCUCAGCUCAGCCAUGUCUACUCUGUCGAUGAGCACCGGACCCCUGCGCAGUCUUCGUGGUGAAGAGCGGUCGCAAGUGUUCGGAUUCUGUCACCAUCUCAACGAGAGCCACUGCCUCCACAGCGAGGAGGAGUCUGAGGUGCCGUUUACAGUCAUCGUGUACAACCCGGCAAGUGCGGACGUGUCGACGUGCAUCCGGCUUCCAGUGGAUACCAACCGAAGCUCCCACUUUACCGUUACGGGACCUGGCGGCAUCCGAGUUGAAUCUCAGGUGGUGCAACUGUCCCGUCACCCAGAAACAUCGAGCAUCGAGGCAUUCACGAAUGCCACCGCCGCGCUGCUGUUCCAGGCUCUUGUCAAGCCGCUGGGAUUCAGCGUGUACAGGGUGGCAUCGCCUCACGAACCAAUUGCUUCGCCAGCAGCGGACAGCUUCUUGGAGCUCGAUAGGCCAGCCGCUGUCAUCGAAAACAAGAGGUACCGCAUCGAGCUCGACCCAGCGUCCGGCCUGGUGUCCCGUGUACUGGUGCUCCCAUUGUCGAAAAGGGGAAGGUCGAGUCGCUCCUCCAUGCCAGUGCUGCUUCGUCAGACGUUCGCCUCGUACGACCAGAACCGGGGAGACUCCAGCGUUCCCUCUCCUGGCCACUACGUGUUCAGCGCCCACAGUGAGGCGCAAUCCUUGGGUGACCACGUCGCCUACCGCGUCGUCAAGGGCCCCUUGGUUCAAGAAAUUCACCAAAUCUUCAACGACUACAUUUCCCAAGCGGUCACUCUGCACAGGGAUUCGGACUUCAUCGAGUUCACCUGGACAGUUGGGCCUCCGCCCGCUGCGUACGCCUCAUUCGUAGGACAAGACGUGGUCGUGCGGUAUGAGAGCGAUAUGGACACCGAUGUGUUCUACACCGACGGCAACGGCUGGAGGAACAUGCGCAGGGUGGUUACCAUGCAGGAGGACAAGCUUCCUAUUCCGUCCAACUACUAUCCUGUGGUCUCGUGGAUCUACGUUGAGGCGAGUUCGGCUUCCGCUCCUUCCCUCGUGUCUGUGCAUUCCUAA